CAAUUUAUAUUACAAUAUCAUGUAUUUGUAUAAUACACUAGCUAAAAAUACAACUAUUAAAUUAAACGUAUUUCAAGAUAUAAAUUUUUGUUCUAAACGUUAUACCAAAAUAUUUUAAAUUCUUGAAAUAAGAUUCGAAUUACGAAUAAGUAUUUGAGUUGUAAAUUGAAUUAAGUUUCCCAUAAUUUUGUUUGAAUGUUUUUAUAAGCAAAAUAAUUAGGAAAAUCUGAUUAUGUAAAAAAAAAUCAUGUAGUAAACUAUUAACGGUUUAAACUCGUUAGACGUUUAUCUUCUCAAGUCACUGUGUAUGCGUAAAUUUCCAAUACAAUAAAGUACCUUCUAACACUUUUAAUGCCAUGAACAACUCGUCAUCCAGUAGUCUCGUCUUAUCGUUUGCCGAAGUACAUUCGUGGGCUAUAUCGUAUGUCGGAAGAUGGAAUUGAACAUAGUGUUAGCUUUACUAGCCUAUUUGUUCUCAUAAUCAGCUUAAAAUUAUUUAACAAUUUAUUGGAAAAAAAUGUGUAGUAAAUUUUAUUUGCUUACGCUAAUGUGUAAUUAUAUUGCCAUUAAUAACUUGACUCAUGCAUAUCUUCUGCACCAAUUAUACUAAAUAUACUCCACAGUAUAACUGUGAUAUAAUUUAUACUGUGAUAUAAUUUACUAAAUUUACGUAAUAUAGAACAGAAUGGAAAAAAUUUACUAUAUAAGCUUUUAGGACAAUAUAUUGUCUUUCUUUACUAGCCACAAUGUAACUAUGAUUUGAUAAAAACUUUACAGAAUGAAACUAUUUCCAUAAUUCGUAAUUCGCGCUAAACAUUUUUUUACAAGGAAAAAUAAAAGAGUAAGGAAAGUCAAGUUAGUUUUGUUGAGUCUCGACGCAUCAAUAAUUUAACGAUGUGUAUACCAAGUAAGAUACUAUGGUGUUUCGUACUUCUGCUUGUUGCUUCGCACUCGGCGUCUCACGAAAAUUCAACGAAAAUUCUCACGAAUGGCAAUAUAAAGCAGAGCUAUAAUUCGACAUUCCAACGACUACUCGAUCUUAUUAUAGACGAUCAUAAACUGAAAAAUACUAAUGUCGAGAUCAAUUCUACGCGGUGUAAUUUACAUAAAAAUUCUAUCAGUAACGAAAUGCUAUAUGAGCCAUAUAUUAAUUCUACAAAGAACGAGACAAAGAAUGAUAAUUCGGAACCAUAUAAAUCUCGCAGACAUAUCAUGAAAGAUUAUGAAGAAAAGAAUCAGACGUCUGUAAUAAAUUUCCCACCGGAUUUAAAAAAACUCGACCGUGAUGCAAAGCCUCAUAAUGAUGAUGGUUGCUUAAGAUAUUGCUGUCUUAAUGAACAGUAUAUGUCGAUAAGCGGCAAGUGUAUUGAUAGUAUCAAUACCAAUAUCAAUUAUAAUAAAAUUGAAAAGGUUGCAGAUUUACUGAAUGAUUGGUAUGAUUACUAUAAUGACAUAUCUUGUACGAUGUUUGAAGAUCUAUGCUUUAAAAGAGGAUUUGGACGCCGCCUUCGCAAUGUUUCUAUCAUCGAUGAACAAUUGCACGAAUAUCCCAACAAAUCUCUUUUACUGCCAAGAGACUUCUGCUUGGCCAUGAUGUCUUGGGAUGCGUUUCGCGAUGACACUGUUUAUAUGAUUGUCUGCACUAAUGAUAAUGAAACUAAAUAUCCGGUAUAUCUAUCUGUGUGUCUCCUAGUGUCUUUGCCGUUCUUGCUGUUGACGUUCACAGUAUAUACGGUAUUGCCAGAACUUCAGAACGUACAUGGCUAUACAUUACGUGCACACGUUGCCUCACUAUUUGUCACAUACAGGGUUUGUCCGGAAAGUAAUAGGACUGAGUCGAUUUAAAAAAAUUUAUUGAGCCAAUUGUUACAAUU